AGUCUACUGCAGCAAACCUCGAGCAGACCUCAGCACAUCCUAUUGGUCCUGACUACAGCAGGCUAAGGAGUGGAUCGAGGCAGAGGGCAGGAUGUCGGAGCUGAGCGAUGAAGCCAGCGAGUCGGAGCUGCUGAGCCGCAGCCUCUCCAUGUGGCACGGGGCCGGCCAGAUGAUCUGCCGGGAGGARCUGGACGUUCCCUUGGACUUGCACACGGCCGCCUCCGUCGGCCAAUAUGAAGUGGUGCAGGAGUGUAUUCAAUGUGGAGAUCUGGAUUUAAAUAAGAGGAAUUGUGGUGGCUGGACUCCACUGAUGUAUGCCUCCUACAUUGGUCAUGACACCAUCGUUCAUCUGCUGCUGGAAGCAGGAGUGAAUGUGAACAUCCCAACACCAGAAGGACAGACACCGCUCAUGCUGGCCUCCAGCUGUGGAAAUGAAAGUGUUGCAUAUUUCCUUCUCCAGCAAGGCGCAGAGCUGGAGAUGAAGGAUAUUCAUGGCUGGACAGCCUUAUUUCACUGUACCAGUGCUGGACAUCAGCAGAUGGUGAAAUUCUUACUGGACAAUGGUGCAAAUGCCAACUGCAAGGAGCCUCUGUAUGGAUAUACUCCUCUGAUGGAAGCAGCUGCUUCUGGCCAUGAGAUAAUUGCUCAGUACCUUCUCAAUCAUGGUGUAAGGGCUGAUGUGAGAGAUAACACUGGAGCUACAGCACGGACACUGGCCAUGAAGUAUGGACAUAUGAAGAUCGUGGGGUUAAUAGACUUACAUACUGCUCCCGUGCCCAAGGUCUUCUGCAGGGGUCCAGGAAAAUAUGAAGAUUUGAGCUCUUCAGAUGAGUCAUGUUCUGCCCCUCAGAGACAGAGACCUGUUCGUAGGAGCAAGGGUCCCAGCAUUCAUGAAGGGCCACAGGCUUUGGCUAAGAUAACAGCGGUUGGAAUUGGGGGAAAGAAGCAGUCCCGCUAUGAGCAGGUCUCUCUUCAGGGCUAUGUUACUUUCAAUGAUGAUGGCAGCUGCGGAGCAGAUGAUAUCCGGAAUCGGGAUGUUACCUCUCCGAUCAAUGAGCAGGAUGUGGAGAGCAGCAGCAGCAGGGAGGGGAAUGUUUUCUGCACCAACAACUUGACAGCCAUCAGGAGCAGCAGCAGCAGCAGCGAAUGUCUGCCCAAAGCCCUGGGGGUCAGCAGUGAAGGCUCGCUGGAGAGCAAUGAGGACUCUGACCAUGCCAAUAGUCCUCCUAGUUGGAAACAGGCCAAAAGCUUUAAGAACAAGAACCGCUACAGCAACAGUGAUAGCCAGUGGACACACUGCCCUGGGAAACCUGGGAGCUCUAGUCAGCAUCUCGUCCUUCCUGAGCCCCCUGUCUACACAGGACCCCAGGACCUGGCAACGUUCCUUGAGCAGAUUGGGUGCCUGAAGUAUCUGCAGGUGUUCGAGGAGCAAGAUGUUGACCUUCGAAUCUUCCUGACCCUCACAGAGAGCGAUCUGAAGGAAAUAGGCAUCACCUUGUUUGGACCCAAGAGGAAGAUGACCUCUGCCAUUGCCCGCUGGCACAGCAACGCUCGGCCGCCCAGCGAUGCCCUGGAGCUGGCCUACGCGGACCGGCUGGAGGCCGAGAUGCAGGAACUGGCCAUUCAACUGCACAAGAGGUGUGAAGAGGUGGAGGUGAUGAAGGGCCAGGUGUGCCAGGAGCAGAAGCUGCGAGCRGUGGCCGAGAGCUGUUUGAUGGAGCGAGAUGAGACCUUGAAUGAUGUCCAGUGCCAUCUCAGAGAGGCUCAAGCUAUCACCAAGAAUGCCGGGGUCCUACUGGAUCAAAUCAAGUGCUGCCAGGCAGAGCUGUCCUCCCGACUGACCCAGGAGCAGGCACUUGGAGUGCUAGACACAAAGGGGCAGCUGGGCACCAGUGAGAGCAGGCGACGUGGUGUGAAGGAAUGGCCGCCUUCCUUGAAGUCUCUGAGCUUGCCUGAGCUCUCAGCUGUCCUAGAGGACUGUGUGGGAGAAAUGGGAAAAGCUCUGCAGACUGUGACUCAAAACUUGCAAAGGCUUCAAGCCCCAGGAAAGAGCGGGCAGAGCUGGCUGGAGCCAUAACAAAACAGGACGGAAUACUGACGUCGGGUGACUGUUCCACCCGGAAGCUAAGUGUGCCUGGGAGAAGGAGCGCGAGGGCUGCGCUGGCAGAACCGCAGCGCGGCCGCGAGCGCUGCCGCGGCUUGCAGAGAAGUGGAAGAAGGUCUCGGCCAUUGGAGAACGAGUCUGGGAGAACAAGGGACAGCAGAGACGAGCACUAGACAGCUCUAUGGGUCUCAGUGUUGCCUGGGUUCACAGGACCGUGUUGUUCRUAUCAAAAGGUUAAGUUAAGAGAAGAAACACUGACUUAGAGAAGUUUAUCUACCUGUAAGCUUCCUGCAGCCUUCCACACUAAGGGCUGUGUGGUGUUAGAAAACUCACUGCAGCUGUGGGUCACCUUUCUGUGCUUCCUGUCCUUCCAAAGAYACUGCUGCAGCCCCUGCUGUGACACAUCAAUUGGUAGUUGUGCAGAAACUGACUGCAACGUUUGCCUUAAGCAAUUAGGAGGACAGGCUUUUGGAGAGGGGCAGAGGAGAGAGAGAGUGUCUGUCAGCUCACUGAGCUGCAGUUGUUGUAGCCCUGCUYGAGCUGGCAUGUCUUCCCUUUUUGCCAUCCCACAUCUGGCCUUCAAAACUUCUCUCUUAUCAGCCCACUCUGCUUCAGUCUGGGUUCUUACCCCAUUCAGGAGUGAGUUUGUGAUUAUGCUCUUCAGCCCCAAAGGGCUUUUUCUUUUAAAUGCCUAAACUUACAGAUCCUGGUAGUCAAAUUUCAGUGCUAGGCUUCCCAGCACUGAGCAGUUGCAAGAAACAUGUCCCUGGAAGGAUAUGAGAGAAAAGRAAAAACUGGAGACUGCACAGUCUCCUGUGCCUCUGGCAGCUAGCAGAGUGCCAAAGCAGAUGGAAGGAAGGAUAGASGUCUCUUCCCUGUGGAAGAUGGGUUAAAAAAAGGAAAAAAAGAAAUCAUGUCCCAGAUCUAGCUGCAGUGCAAAGCUCCAGUCCUCAGCUACUGCUUUCCCUUCAAUUCCGAGCUAGGGUGUUUGGAAACAGAUCUGCCAAGGCAUUCUUGCACCAGCAGUUCAAGUGUUCUCAGUGCAGGAGAGGCUGACUCCCAGAGAGACACACCAUCUCUUGGAGGUGUAAGCAGCCCUAUGGGCACCACUGACAGCUGGGUCUCUGGGACUAAGUGUGGUUUUUAGGAAAAAGGCCAGCUUUUUCUUCCCAGGGCGGGGUGACUUCUGAUAUGUUUGGUGUUGAUCCCAUAGCAGCACCCCCAAAUACAUAUGCUGCCAGGGGCUGCUGGAGCUUGCAGCAGCCAGCAAGGAGCAGAGGAGUGACCAGAGAGGGACCAGCUCCUGUCCAGGGCCUGCUGCUUGCCCCUGUGUUUGUAAGUGGCACAGCUGGACAGGYGAUUUGGGUAGGUGUGUUUAUUAUUUAUUACUAUCAUGAAACUGUUUUAUCACUUACCUUCUUGUUGUAUAAACUGAAAUCUAUUCAUAAAGAGUAGAACUGUGUUAUAUAUUGAGUCAGAGGCUCUGGAUUUGUUUUUGAUACCUUUGUAACUGGGACUGUGUGUGCUUAUGGGACAAGGUGAAUAUUGGUGUUCCUGCAUACACUGCUGCCAUUAGCUCC